GGGCACGGGCGGCCGCUGGGGGUGGCGGGAUAGGCUGGGCGCGGCCGGUUGCUGUUGUCCAGCUCUCUGCGGUUCCCAAGGGCCCUGCGUCCCGCCGGCGCCAUGGGCAAUUGUCACACGGUAGGGCCCAACGAGGCGCUGGUGGUUUCAGGGGGCUGUUGCGGUUCUGACUAUAAACAGUACGUGUUCGGCGGCUGGGCCUGGGCCUGGUGGUGUAUCUCCGACACACAGAGGAUUUCCCUAGAGAUUAUGACGUUGCAGCCCCGCUGCGAGGACGUAGAGACGGCCGAGGGGGUAGCUUUAACUGUGACGGGUGUCGCCCAGGUGAAGAUCAUGACGGAGAAGGAGCUCUUGGCCGUGGCCUGCGAGCAGUUCCUGGGCAAGAAUGUGCAGGACAUCAAGAACGUCGUCCUGCAGACCCUGGAGGGGCACCUGCGCUCCAUCCUUGGGACCCUGACUGUGGAGCAGAUUUAUCAGGACCGAGACCAGUUCGCCAAGCUGGUGCGGGAGGUGGCAGCCCCUGACGUCGGCCGUAUGGGCAUCGAGAUCCUCAGCUUCACCAUCAAGGACGUGUAUGACAAAGUGGACUAUCUGAGCUCCCUGGGCAAGACGCAGACUGCCGUGGUGCAGAGAGAUGCCGACAUUGGCGUGGCUGAGGCUGAGCGGGACGCGGGCAUCAGGGAAGCCGAGUGCAAGAAGGAGAUGCUAGAUGUGAAGUUCAUGGCAGACACCAAGAUCGCCGACUCCAAGCGAGCCUUUGAGCUGCAAAAGUCCGCCUUCAGUGAAGAGGUCAAUAUCAAGACGGCCGAGGCCCAGCUGGCCUACGAGCUGCAAGGGGCACGUGAGCAGCAGAAGAUCCGGCAGGAAGAAAUCGAGAUCGAGGUUGUGCAGCGCAAGAAGCAGAUCGCGGUGGAGGCACAGGAGAUCCUGCGCACAGACAAGGAGCUCAUUGCCACUGUGCACCGUCCGGCUGAGGCUGAGGCCCACCGCAUACAGCAGAUCGCCGAGGGUGAAAAGGUGAAGCAGGUCCUUUUGGCGCAGGCAGAGGCUGAGAAGAUCCGCAAAAUCGGGGAGGCGGAGGCUGCAGUCAUUGAGGCGAUGGGCAAGGGAGAGGCUGAGCGGAUGAAACUCAAAGCUGAAGCCUACCGGAAAUACGGGGACGCAGCCAAGAUGGCCUUGGUGCUGGAGGCCCUGCCCCAGAUUGCUGCCAAAAUCGCCUCCCCACUGACCAAAGUCGAUGAGAUUGUGGUCCUCAGUGGGGACAACAGCAAGGUAGCAUCAGAAGUGAACCGACUGCUGGCCGAGCUGCCUGCCUGUGUGCACGCCCUCACAGGUGUGGACCUAUCUAAGAUACCCCUGAUCCAGAAGGCCACUGGUGCACAGGUGUGAGGCUCGCAGGCCCACACCCUUCAGCAGCCACCUGCCCCUUCCUCCAGCACCUGGUGUAAUACCACAGGGACAACGGGAACGUUACUGGCUCUGGUGCCUUAUUUUGUAGGGACCAGAAGUGCUGCGUGUUCAGGCCAUCUCUGGCUGUCUUCCCUUCUUCCCUCCUGUCUCUGUCUGUCUCCCUCUGCCUUUCCACGGCCCCAUAUAUUCACUUUCACUGCCACGUUCAUCUGAUGGUCUCUUUCACCCUCACGUCCCUGUGUGUCUCUUCUUCUGUCUGUCUCCCUCUCUUUUCCCUCCCACUCCCUACAUACAUCACGUAGUUUAAGCUGAAGAUGUUUAUUAUAUUCACUGUCUGUCUGUGGGGUGCGGCCCUGCUGCUCCUCAGAAUCCUGGUGCCUUGAAGUUCUCCGUGCAUCUGUCCGUCCUCCCUAUGCCCUUGCCCAGAGCUCUGCAUGGGUGCAGGGGUUCUGGGUAGGACGGCCACCCUUCCCACCCCUGGCCUGGUCUUCCCAGCCCUACGCCCUGCCCCAAGGAAGCCCUGGCCUUAGCUGCUGCUGCCCCUCCCUCUGGGCCUGGGUAGCCGUGGCCUCAGGACCCAGGGCCACUGCCCUUCUCUCCCCCUCCCCCAGCCCCAGGCCUGAUCUCAUACUCCAGCCCUGUCUCCCCCACACCAGGGGCACAGAGGGAAGGCCUCCUGUCUGUAGCAGCUCCCUCAGUUUACUGCUGCCUUAGGAGGCCCCUGCUUGUGCUCCGGGAAGUCAAGUCCCCUUCAUGGGCAUGUCCCUGCUAGGUGGGGAGAGUUUGGUCUCAACUCUGCUAAGCCUUUCUGGGAUCGGGGCCAGGCCAGUGGGGACAGGAAAGUAUGUAGACUUUUCCCGCUAGGGCUGUGCUGCCUUGGCUAUCGGGCCCUGCCAGCAGACAAGGCUGUGUACAGAACUGAGUGCUGCAGGCUGGCCAGGCCCCAUACCCCCUGUGCCAUCUUUCUUUCUGGCCAAGUGGCAGGGUUCCAGCAAUGCGGAAGCUGCCCAAUCCUCUCUCUCCUUGCUCCGGUGGAGACAGAAGAGCCCAGGCCCAAGUGUCCUGGCAGGGGUGCUGUGGGUGUCCUUUGGUCCUAAUCCCCCACUCCUGGUUCUGCCCCAGCCUGUGUAGCUGUUCCUGCAUGUGGAUGCUGCAUGUCUGGUCUGGGGCUUGGAUGCUGCACUGCCCCACCACCUGUCCCAUCUGGUAUAAUAAAGAUCUUUUAUGCCCA